AUGGUUCACCACAGACAGAUCUUGGACAACCUCUCCGUCUGCGUCCUCGAGAAGGGAGCCGAAGUCGGUGCUCAUGUACUGUCAGGGAAUGUGUUCGAGCCCCGUGCGUUGGAUGAGCUCAUCCCGGAGUGGAGGCAAGAGGAUGCCCCAAUUAGAGUCCCUGUCUCAUCUGACAAGUUCUGGAUGUUAACAAAGAACAAGGCAUGGACACUUCCAUCUCCUUUUGAUAACAAAGGGAACUAUGUAAUAAGCUUGAGCCAAUUGGUAAGAUGGAUGUCCGUAAAGGCUGAAGAAUUAGGUGUUGAAGUGUAUCCAGGGUUUGCUGCGAGUGAGAUCCUUUAUGAUGAAAAUCAAAUAGUCACUGGCGUUGCAACCAAUGAUGUUGGUAUUGCUAAAGAUGGUAGUAAACGGGAAACUUUUCAAUCGGGUCUGAUGGAGGUUAUCUUCUCGCUGCUGAAGCAUCUCUCUGUCACAUUUCAUUCUAAUGUUUCUUUGAAUUUGUGUCUACUAAAAUCAAGGACAGUUCCCCACCUGCACGGUGAGGCCCUCCAGUAUUGA